AUGUUAGUAAAAUCCCUGCGCGCAGAGGAUCACCUGACCCAUUUGCGGGAAACUUUUGACAUCCUCAAAAGCUACAACAUGAAGCUCAACCUCGAAAAGUGCGCCUUCGGAGUAGGCUUGGGCAAAUUCCUGGGCUUCAUGGUCUCAAACAGGGGGAUCAAGAUCAACCUCGACAAAAUAAAGGCCAUCGAAGAAAUCACAGUGGUAAAUAACGUAAAAGUCGUCCAACGACUGACUGGGCGGAUCGCAGCCCUAGGCAGAUUCAUAUCAAGGUCAUCGGACAAAAGCCAUCACUUCUUUGCCCUACUCAAAAGAAAGAGCAAAUUCGAAUGGACUCCGGAAUGCCAAGACGCCCUGGAAGAGCUGAAACGGUACCUGUCAAGCCCACCCUUGCUACACACUCCCAAAGAAGAUGAAACGGUGUAUCUAUACCUGGCUGUAUCCAAAAUAGCGUGCCACCGCAUCUACGUCCUAUCAACCUAUCCCCUCCGGAGCGUACUGCACAAACCUGAGCUAUUGGGCCGACUGGUCAAAUGGGCCAUCGAGCUCGGAGGGUAUGAUAUCGAAUAUCUACCUCGAACAGCCAUCAAAUCCCAGAUCAUAGCGGAUUUCGUGGCCGAUUUUUUGCCAUCCCUGGACCCCGAGGUAGAGAAGGAACUUCUAUUGAAGUCAGGCAUAUCUUCGGGGCUGUGGACCCUGUUCACGGACGGUGCCACAAAUGUCAGAGGAUCAGGACUCGGUAUAGUCCUGAAGCCGCCCAUCGGCGGCGUAAUCCGACAAUCCAUAAAACAUGCGAAGCUAACUAACAACGAAGCCGAGUAUGAGGCUAUGAUUGCAGGUCUAGAGUUGGCCAGGGGCUUGGGGGCCGAAUCCAUCGAGGCAAAAUGUGAUUCGCUCCUUGUAGUAAGUCAAGUAAACGAAAGCUAUGAAGCUCGGGAAAAUAGAAUGCAGAGGUAUCUGGAUAAAACCCAAGUCACCUUGCACCGCUUCAAGGAAUGGACCUUAGUCCAUGUGCCCCGAGAACAGAACAGCGAGGGUGAUGCCCUAGCAAACCUAGGAUCGUCCGCCGAGGAGGAAGACCUGCUCCCCGAGGCCGUGGUCCAGCUAAUCAAGUCCGUAGUCGAGGAGGGUCGCGUGGAAAUAACUCCAGUAGCCUGA